CAGGUCACUCAGAUCCCAUCUCAUGGUAUUGACGUCACAGCCACGAGAAAUUAACAUAAGAUCGCCCACAUUUAUGGCCCGCCCAGCUGACAAACUAUAGGAGGUUAAUAUUAUUUUUAAUGAUCAGAAGCAGAGCACAGGGUUAUUUUCGUCUGUAUCUAGAUGUGGGGGAAAUCCAUCAAACGCUGUGCUGUUCCUGGCUGUAGGAUCGAGCCCGUGUCUCUGCACAGCCUCCCAAAGGAUCCCAGCAUCAGAAACGAAUGGCUGAAGUUUCUCUUUACCGACGUCCCUGAUCGUUUCAGUCCGACGUUAACCAUCUGUUCAGCGCAUUUCAGCACGGACUCAUUUGUGAACCUAUCACAGUUUAAUGCAGGCUAUGCAAGUAAACUCUUACUGAAGGAAGGAAGAGUGCCGACUGUAUUUGUCUCGACACCAAACCCGCAUUCCUGUCAGACAAGUCCAAAGAAAUCCACUGCAGCCACCUCUGAGCCUGUUGAGGAGAUGCCAUCCAUACAAAUCAAGCCGGAGCCAGAGGAGGUGGAGUGUAUGGUGAAAGAAGAGCCAUUAGACGAAUAUCCUGAGCCUACAAACCUCAAAAUCGAAUCCUCGCCCCCUCCCCUCCAUGACGUCAGCACACAACACAACACUGACGACCAGACGGAACCCGUGGACCUGUCCCUUAACAAGCCCCGCCCUUUCCUUCCAGUAGCCACGGCAACCUCCUCCCCUGCAAACCCGCUUCCUCACAACAUCACGGCGAGCGCCACCAUCCCGGCGGUGCUGUCGCCGGGCUCCAUCCUGGCGUCCACGCAAGGGGUCGGAGGUCAGCAGAUCCUGCAUGUCAUCCACACCAUACCCUCUGUGAACAUGCCCAGUAAAAUGGGGCAGCUGCAGACCAUCCCUGUGGUGGUGCAGUCCUUACCGGUGGUCUACACAACUUUACCCACAGACGGAGUGGCUACCGCCGCCAUCACAGUGCCUCUCAUCGGAAGCGACGGGCGGUCGGAGGGAUCAGUGCGUAUAAAGCCAGGCUCAACCUCUCCAGUUGAGUAUCAGUCUGAAAGUGAUGCUGAAAGCGGUACAGAGUCUGGAUCGGCCUCUUUCAGCACACAAGGGAUGGAACUCAGUAUGAAUACAGAUGUGGACAUCCAAGUUGACCCUGACUCACCAGACAUGAAGAGAAGGCGCGUACACAUGUGCGAUUAUGACGGCUGCAACAAAGUUUACACCAAGAGCUCGCAUCUGAAAGCCCAUCGCAGAAUACACACAGGUGAAAAGCCAUACCAGUGCACAUGGGAGGGCUGUACCUGGCGCUUUGCCCGCUCGGACGAGCUGACGAGGCACUUUCGCAAGCACACCGGCAUUAAACCCUUUCGCUGCACUGACUGCGAUCGCAGCUUCUCCCGCUCUGACCACCUGGCACUUCAUCGACGGCGCCACGUCAUGAUGUGAAACUCUUUAUGCCCCUUCCUCCCCAGCCAUCACAACCCUGACUGCUCCUCAGGAGACAGGCACGCCCAUCCAGGGGUUCCAAAUGCUAUUGACGUCACCUCCUCAGUCUCCAGAUGUGAACAUAUGUGUUAAAUAUGGAGGUAUAAGGGGUGGCACAAUUACCCCUACUGAUUAGAACAUGGCUGCAGUUUUCUGCCAUGCCUCCAGAAGCCACAAACCACCCGUCCACUGGUGACCUCCACCACCAUCUCAAUUCCUGAUCAUUUGCCAUUACUUGAAGGGACUACAAGAAAGGCAAACUGCACGAAGCACUGCUAUAACUAUAACAGAGAAUGAUGACUGGGGAAGGUAUCCCAUAUUGAGAUGAUUCUUUAAAAACAAGUACAAAAAAAAUGAGAAAGUAAAGGAUUUUAUGCAAGAUGGAUGCAAGAUUGUGAGGAAAAAGUAGAAUUAUGUAAUAAAUUUGACCAUUUUAAUGAGAUGGGUGGGUUGGAGAUGCCUCAACAGCUGCCUUGUUGGAUUCUUACAUUUUAUCCAAACUUUUUGUUGUACUAAAUUCGUGUACUCAUGCUCUACAUUCAUUUUAGAGUCUGUAUGUUUCUGUGUGGAUGGAAAUAGAGCUUAUUGUAAAGAAAGCUGAAGAUGCCCUCUUUUAGUGUUUUUUUUUUUUUUUUUUUUUUACAAAUCAGUUAGGUGUUUUUCUGAUAUCUAUCCUAACCCAAAUGAGAAGUAGAUGCAUGGGGGCUGACAAGACUGUGAAUUUUAGUAAAUUUUUUCUUGAUUAGUAUCUGUUGUCUAAUUAUCUACCCAAAAAUAGUUUGGCGCAAAAAACAGUAUUUGCUUUUUAAAAAAAAGACAUUUUCAUUGUAAGUAAUGACUUCUAACAGAAUUAACACACAUCACAAGGUGUUCUUUAUCUUUGUCUAACCUUCAGAUAUUAUUUCAUAAGGCUGUGAAAAAAGUUUGAAAAAAAAAGAAACGACUCAC